CGCGGCAUGUGGGAUCUUCCUGGACCGGGGCACGAACCCGUGUCCCCUGCAUCGGCAGGCGGACUCUCAACCACUGCGCCACCAGGGAAGCCCCUCCCCGUCAAUAUUUGAUGUUCAGAUGAUCAAAUCCUGUACCAGACAGGCUGGAUGAGAAUGAUCUCUUCCUCCAUCCAUUCACCAUAUGGGGCUGGACACUGGGCUCCACAGAUGACUGAGCCAGGGCCCCAGGAAGCUCCCAGGGUAGAAGGAGAGAGAUGAGAAAACCAACCAGCACAGCUGAGUGGGGUGAGGCCGAUGUUAAUCUGAGCCAGGACAGCGGCAAGACCUCAGGCUCACCAGCCAGACGGCCGGCAGGGUGCCCGGGGAGCAGUAGACACAUGUGAGUGUUAUUUUAUGCUCGAUUUCCCACCAUCGGGACUGCUGCACGCAGACUUUGCAUCAUAUAAUCAGAAAUUAUUCAAACAUUUGUUGGCUAAAAUACAGAGGCAAUUGCUUAAAAACACGCCUUUCUUGGUUUCUAUCAGAUACCCAAUUUGGUACAAAGCGUACCAGGCAAACAAUUUAAAAAUCGUAAUCAAAACAGCAAACGUCCUGCCCUGAAUGGCGUUGGAUGAGUCACCCAACUUCUCUGAGCCCCAGUCCCUCACGUAGAGGGUGUUAUUUACGUGGGCCCUGACGCGGUGUGGGACUGAGCUAUCGCACGUGAAUUACGCAUGGCGCCCCAGCGCACAGCAAGGGCCUCAUGUUGAUCUGACAUCAUUUGUCUGUGUCAUCGUGGAGCUGGCUUAUAAGUUAUGCCCACUACUCACCGCCUGCCCUGGACCCCAGAAGGUAGGAGAUGUGGAGCCAGAGGGGUGACUACGUCAAGUCCAGAGGAAAAAAAAAAACGGCUUGGCCAUUAGCACCGAGCAGAAAUGAAGCGGCCCCUCCCUUCAUUCUCAGCAACCUGCACCCGUGGGCUGCUCCUCUGGGGAACUGGCAGGGGAGGGGUGGGUGGGGGGAGGGGAGGAGUGCGGCAGCUGGUGCUGAACAGGGUCUCCCGACCCUCCCCCGCAAGCCCAGCACGUGAUCUCAGCCCCAUCUCGGCAGUUCUCAGCCCGGAGCCUCCAGGGCGUCACACCCCCUCCAGCCCGCCCUCCGCUUCCCUGAAGAGCAGCCCUGCCCGCCUCCUGCGGGGUGCCAGUGCCCGGGCCCCACUUUAUGCGGAAACUGCUUUGGGACUGGGGCUCCCUGAAGCUGUGCAGUGCAGCCGGUCUGCGGAGUGCCAGGCUGCGGGGCGGGGCGGGGCUGCCCCUGGGGCCUGGGCGCUUAGCGCCACGUGGAAACAGUUUUCUCCUGAGUCUUCCAAUGAGAGCCAUUUAAAUUCCUGUAGCCAUUGGGGUGGAGGCUGAGAACCAGGGAUGAGCGGGUGGGUGGAGCUGAGGCUCCAGGGAGGGUGCCGGGGAGGGCGUGGGGCGCCCAGACCUGGCGUCUGAAUCACAGGCCCAGAGCGAAGGGCCUUCAGCGUGGGGCUCUCAGGGAGGCAUCGCCCGGGAGGCCACAGGAGCUGGUCUUCCCCGCAAGACUGCUGGGGAAACCGUGACUUGAGCGAGGCCCCGAGGGAUGGACGGGAGAGCGGGAAGGGGCAUGGACGGGAGAGCGGGAAGGAGGGCCGUCCAGGGACAGGGAGGAGAGGGCAGCGGUGGGAGAGUGUGGGACGUUUGGGCAAACGGAAGAGCUUGCUCCAUCUGGCUGGACUGCGGGGGCUGCAAGCGUUCCCUGGGGCGUCCCUGUCACCCCAGCAAUACAGGGCAGCCAGGCCCAGCCCCUCCACCCUGGGGUCCCUCUCUGUGCAGUCGGGGUGACCCAGCAGCAAAGCAGUGACAGGGGGUGUGGCCUGGGGACCUUGGGCGGUUGGCCAGAGAGGACACAUGUAAAGCGGCCAACGCAGGCGUGCACGGGGGCAGAGUGAGGAACACGUGAGGGCGUGUUGUGUGUGGGGAAAGGGGUGAGACUGCCCUCUCCCAAGCGUUUCUCCAGUUCACGCUGUCUCCGCCCAGGUCGGCCUGGUGGGCGGGCUGGACUUCCCGGGGGAAGGGAACCCAGAGAGGCCAGUGCCACGGCGACUCCGCAGGGACACAGACACCUGGGCCUGUGGGAGAGUCUGGCCAGGAGGAGCGCCACCAGCCCCCCUGGCCCCAGGGCGGGCCCUGCCCUACCCUUUCAAGAAACCAGCCUGCAGUAUCAGGGGUGGAGCCCCAGCUGGGAGCCAGUUCUGCCGCUUCCUGUGGGCAGUGGCACCGACCCAGGCCAGCUCCGGGCGGGGCCAGCCAGCAGCAGCAGGGCGGUGCUGCCCCCAGCCGCUGGGGUCUCUAAAGGAGAAGGCCUGACCUGGAACCCAGAGAGAAAAGAGGCUUCUGGGGGCUCCGUAGACCCUGCACGAGGAGGGCCAGCCCGGGCCCAGCGCUGCUGACCUGGCUUGAGCCCCGGAGGGGGCCGGUGACAGGUUACAGCCAAGUUAGCAGAGACAGCGGCCAACAUCCGUCACACGCUUGAUGGGCAGCGAGCACUGGUCACCGCGCAGGUGCGGCUCUAGGUUUCAGAUGAGGGAACUCAAGCACAGAGAAGGCAAGUAACUUGCCUUCAGAGCCACAGAGCUGGGAAGUGCAGGGCUGGACUUUGACGUGCUCUCCAGCCGGAAGCGCUGGGUUUCAAGGCAAGCAGGCCCCAGGAGAACCCGUUGCUGUCUCUUAGCUUUUCCACCUUGAAAGUGGGCAUAAUAUGAACCAGCUCUGCCCGGGACGCGCACCAGUGUGGAGAGAGAGCCUGAGGGACGGGAAGGGUCUCCGUCUCUGACCCAGAGCCUCGGAGCCCGGAGGUCAUUUUCCCUGAGCACGUGGGUACACAGGGGACCGACAGAUCCCCGAGGCAAGGGGUGUGGCCAAAGCAGGGCAAGGUGGGGCCCGGAAGAAUUGGGGCGCCUGGGGUACAGGGGACGCUGGGCACAGCAGGGGUCAGGUGUCUGGUGGGCAGCUGGUCAGGACACCCAGGCCGGCUCCUGGCCAUCCCCCACCUUUAGUGUCUGGUUCUGGCCCUGCUGCGUGGACAGCACAAGAGUGAUGGAAGGAAGAGCUGAGGGGGAGGCGGGUGUGCCCCCACCCCAGGCACCUCCACAUUCUGAGUCCAUCGAAGGGUUUCAGUGCACGUGUCGUGGUCCCCCCGCUUCCCAGGAGAGAAUGGGGAGAGCACACACCCUUGCCUUGGACUUGGAAGGGCCCCCUGCCCUAGGCUCUGGGCCCUGGCCCUCACUCACUCUCUCCUUGGUGAGCCCGCCUGCCCAGACCCUUCGCUUAUGGGUGGUGCUUUCGGAAGGGCCUGCUGGCCUCCAGCCAGAGGCGGCACUCGGGUCAAGGGUAGGGCUCGUUUCACGAUGCCAGGGUGGGGACUGGACCACCUGCCACAGUCAGAGCACGGCCAGCUCUGCAUGGGGAUGGCGCUGGGGCACCCGAGGGCCUCUCCUGGGCACCGGGGGACCUCAGGAGAAGAGAGAAGCGGGACCUGGCCUCAGGGAGGCUGCCCUCCACGUCCGCCUCUGCACGGGGUUUUCAAAGGCAAGACCAUGUCCACUGGAGCAGAGAGACGGGCAUGAGGACCCUGUCGGGAGGGGAGGUGCAGUGCUGGGCACGGAGACCUCACCAUCAUCCCGUCCUGCUGCCCCAGGCAGAUGCUGGGACACAGGAAGCAGAGCCCGUGGGGACUUGGUGGUGGUUGGAAAAUUCUGGUGUCCACUUCUGGGUUCGAUGCCCCUCUCUCUGGUGGCCGGAGAGGGGACCAUUACGGAGGAGAGGCUGGGACACUGGUGCGGCUGUCGACUGGGGAGCGUGAGGUGGGCUGUGCCCAGGAGCUCUGGUGGGUCUCUCAGGGGCAGUGGUGAGACCCCCCGUGGGCCCGAGGUCCUGCCACCUGCCUCCCUGCCCUUUUGGGCCGGUGCCGGGGGCCCUCCCGGUCCCACCAAAAGCCCUCGGGCUCUGUGAACGCGUCAGGCUGGCCCCUGCUACUAGGGCCUAUGUCUGUGCUGCCCCUCUUCCCUCCCUGCCCGCCCCCACCCCGCCUUUCUCCUCCUCACUCUCUGGGGCCUGGUGAGGACACCAUUUCCUCCAGGAAGGCCUCCUACCUGCCAGGGCGAGGCCGGGGGGCCCUGGUCUGUGCUGCCUCAGCCCCCGUGCGCCCCUGCCAUCACACGGAGCUGGACCCUUCUGCUGCUGUGCCUCUCCCCGACGGGGCCGCGCGCUCCUGAGGGUCGGGCCGCCCUGUCUAAUCACAGCGCCCCUGCCCGGCACGGCAGCUAGCAUAUAUUUGGGGCUCAGGAGACAUUUACUGAAUGAAUCAGUGAAUGAACAAGGAAUGAGGCCAAGACCCCAGGCCCCACCCCUCCCAGGUGCCCUGGGACCAUAGCCUCUUCAUCUCAGCGUCUACCACGGGGCUCGGCACACAGCACAUGACGAAGAGGCCCACACGUCUCUCGAGCAUGGAAGGGCGAUGCCCAGAGAACAGGAAACUUGCCCUCCGUGCAUAAGAGGUGGCGAGACCGUGACAGUUACUGGCCAGGGUGUGCAGAGCAGGGAGAAACGAGCUCACUCUGCCUGGAAGAGGGUGGGAGGCAGUACCCCUUCCGGUGGAGGGAGAACUGAGCAGAGGACCCCGGACGGAGGGACAGCUGCGUGCAGGGGACCCCAGAGAGCAGGGCGGCCCGCCCCCUCCCGCGCGGCUUCCGCGUCCUCUGCCGACUGGACCAGGGCCCCGUCCUCUUCAGCUCAGGGACCCUGCUACCCCGGCUCGCAGUUCAAGCCCAAGAGGACCUCCAGAUGGUGGGGGGAACCGGGGCACGCAGACGGGCCCAGGCCUCUGAGGCGUGAGAAGCCGCCUGAUGAAACCGGCCUCCUUCCUCCACCUGCUUCUCGCACCCUGGUCCAGAGAGGAAGACAGCAGGUGUGCACAGAGGCCUCAUCGCUCCCGGGAGUGACUCACUCGUGAAGCCUGGGGGCCGUGAGGUGCCGCCAGGGGCUCCCAUCACAGCCUCUCUGCCCUGCGGCCCAGGCU